AUGGGUAAAACAUCCUUUGACCCGCCCGAAGACCCGCUCGAAGACCCCCCCGAAGACCCCCCCGAAGACCCGCUCGAACCGAUUGCUGAUAUGACUGCAAGAUUUAAAGUGAUCAAAAGGUUCCCAUUUACCGAUGGUCACCUGGUCUCGCUCUUGGAGACGUUCGGUGAUCAGGCGGGUGCAAAAUUUGCUGGAAUUAUCCUCCACAAUAACUUGGAGAAAUUCAUGAACCCAUUUGUUGUUCAAGUCUUUGACGUGCGUGAUCCGACGGACAAAGCAGUUCUGAUAAAUGGCCGGGUUUUGUUUGAUGGAAGUCUCCCAUGA